AAAUUCAUUAUUUUUUUUCUUCAAUCCACACGAACAACUUUUUCCAGUAAUCGUAAAAAUAAAAAUUAUUUGUUCAAAAUUCUUUAGUUUCUUAAAUUAUUUCAAAAUGUCUAUUUUAUUAAAAAGUAAUCGCUCCGUGCUGAAGCGGUGUCCACACUUGUGCCGCGAUUUAUCUCGUAUCGGAUGUACCACAUACGAAGGCCCACAAUGCUCAAAGCAAAAGCUUGAGCAGUUACCGUGUCCUGAAGGAAAGCAAAGCCUGCGAAAUUCUCCCGCAGAUACCGAAAAGACAUCAAUUUGGGAAAACCCGGAGUGUUGCACAAAUCCGUGUCCCGAUUUUUUGCCCCGUUUUGACGAACUCUACUAUAAAACGAACAAUGAACAAAGGCGCACAUACCAACAGACGUGGGUGGAAUGUCCCAAAAUGCAAAUCAAACCGAAAAAGGUGUGUUGCUUUGAGCAGCUGGCUGCUUUGCCGCCACUGGUCAAACGAUCGCCCAAACAGAAGCCACAAACAGCAUGUCUUCAGAAUGGUUCCAAAGUGUGCACGAUUAACAACAAAGACAGAAAUUGCCCAAAGCUAUAUAUGAGCGGAUGUCAAAGUGCCCGAACUAUACCAAAAUGCAAACGCCAAAGAUCUCCUAAACACUGCCAGAAAGAGUGUACGCCCUAUCCAAGUUUCUCCGAGUGUUUGAAAGAAGCUACAAUGUCGACACAUCCCGUUGAGUGUAAAUGCUUAAAUCUGCCAAUGAUGUGCGAAGUGUGGUCGGAAAUGAGGCGUCGCAUGACAUUUGUUAAGUAGAACCGUCCAUAGAAAGGAGCCGCAUUAAAGGGUCCAUUAAAAAUCUAUAUAUGUAUAAAUUCGCUUUGAAAAAAAAAAUAAAAAUUGCAAAGAUGAUACCACCGAA